AUGGCUAUUGGGGGGUUCGAAGGAGAGAUCGGCCAGGCGAUACCCCAGGCGGACUUCAUCAGCGGCCGCUGCUUCACAAACAACGCAAGCGUUGAUCUUGUUGCUGCUGCUCCCGUUCAGCUGCUGCUGCAGCCUCCUGCUGCACUGCGCCGGCAGCAGCCUGCUCCUCGCAAGGCCGCUGCAUGCGCCAAAGAGGCUGAAGAUAGCGACGGUACACGAGAAAAGGAUUUGUUCCUUGAAGAGGCUCUACAGGAAGACAAAGGGGCAUCACUAACUCCUGCUGCAGCUGCUGCUGCUGCUCCUGAUGGAGCAUCUGCAGCAGCAACAGCAGGAGGAAGGCCUUUACCUCUGCUAGGCGACUACCUGAGCGUACACCUCAGGCCGCAUCAGCGGGAGGGUUUAGAGUGGAUGUACAGCCGAGUGUCUGAGGGAGGCGGCUGCAUAUUAGCGGACUCGAUGGGCCUGGGGAAGACUCUUCAAGCCCUGGCUCUUCUUUGUUCGUUGUUGGGGCUGCAUGCAUCGCAGCAGCAGAACUCAGCAGCUUUUAAAGCCCUCAUCGUCUGCCCGACAAGCUUGAAGGGAUCCUGGAAGAAAGGCAAGUCUCGUGCAUGCAUUUUCGUUUUUAUUGCUUUGUUUGUUUGGUGCAUGUGGAGUUGUUGCUGCAAGUAA